CACAGACUGAAUGCUAACUUUUCGCAGCUGGGAUUCAAACUCGCUUUCUGCGUCUCCGCUAUGCUGACCCAUUGGUUUGCGUUAUUUGGAUACUGAAUCCCAAGAACGCUGCUUUCAUUUCUGACCGCUGGACUCAAGGAAAUGACAGCAGUUGUGAGUAACUUCUAACAACUACGGGAAUAAAUCAGAUCAACCUUUUCGUCCACUUUCUUCAUCCGUAGCUCCCAUCUGAUGAGUCUCGAGACUUCAUCAGGGACCCGGCCCACUACUCGGGCACUACACAUGGACUCGAGAGGAGCCAAAGUGGCACUUGGUUUUCAGAGGAGUUCUACCUCUGAUGAUGACUCUGGAUGCGCUCUGGAGGAGUACACCUGGGUUCCCCCUGGAUUGCGACCUGAGCAGGUCCAGAUCUACUUUUCCUGCCUGCCAGAGGAGAAGGUGCCAUAUGUCAACAGCCCAGGAGAGAAACACAGGAUCAGACAACUCCUCUAUCAGCUGCCUCCACAUGACAAUGAGAGCCGAUACUGCCAGACCCUUAGUGAGGAGGAGAGUCGAGAGCUCCACAUGUUCAGCAUUCAGAGGAAGGAGGCGGCACUCGGCAGAGGAACCCCAAAACUGCUUCCAAGAGCCCUGCAGCACAUUUGUGAACAUUGUAAAGAGAACAUCAAGGGUGGAGAGAUGGUUGUGUUGGCUUCAAGAGCGGGCCCUGGGCCAUGCUGGCAUGCAGCAUGCUUUACCUGCUCUACCUGUCAAGAGCUUCUGGUAGACCUAAUCUAUUUCUACCACAAUGGAAAAAUCUACUGCGGUAGACACCAUGCAGAACUUCUGAAGCCACGGUGUUCAUCAUGCGAUGAGAUAAUCUUUGCUGACGAAUGUACCGAAGCAGAGGGCCGUCACUGGCACAUGAAGCAUUUCUCUUGCUUUGAAUGCAAGACAAUUUUAGGUGGUCAGAGGUACAUCAUGAAGGAUGGACGACCCUUCUGCUGUGGAUGCUUUGAGUCAUUGUAUGCAGAGUAUUGUGAGGCCUGUGGGGAAAAUAUCGGAGUGGACCAUGCUCAAAUGACGUAUGAGGGUGUACACUGGCAUGCCACUGACAAAUGUUUCUGUUGUGCCCAAUGCAAAACCUCUCUUCUGGGCUGCCCCUUUCUUCCAAAAGAGGGUCGGAUCUACUGCUCUAAAGCCUGUAGCCUAGGUGAGGAUGUCCAUGCCUCUGACUCUUCGGACUCAGCCUUUCAGUCUGCCAGAUCACGGGAAUCUCGGCGUAGCAUACGAAUGGGCAAGAGUAGUCACCCAACAGAGCAGUGUAAGCAGACACAACUCUAUUCAGCAACAGACUACAGGAACUCCAGCCUCUGCAGUGACAACACUGAGACCAUGUGCCAUCAGUUGGAGAGACAAAACUUUGCAGAGGAAAACUAUUGGAGAGACAGGGAUGAGCAGGAAGCCCCUGAGGACUGUGUAGAUGAUUGGGCUGAACAUGAGGACUACAUGACCCAGCUGCUCAUGAAAUUUGGAGACCAUGGAGUCAUCCCGACAGAGGACACCUGGCAGGCUGAGCCAUGGAUUAUAAAAGACUCUGAGUACAAUAGGACCAAACCAGAGAUGAAGAUGAGUGGCCAAAAUUUGGGUAGUAAAAAACAUCACACCGAUAUGUAUUGGGCCCAAUCUCAGGAUGGACUCGGAGACUCUGCCUACGGAAGCCACCCUGGCCCAGCUAGUGCUAGAAAGAUUCAAGAGCUGGAGAUGGAUCAGGGAGCAGGGCCUGGGUUCUGGUCUGAGCCUAGACAAUGGUAUGAAGACUCGUUGGAGUGCAUUGCAAGUGAACUCCGAAAGGCUGAGCACACCAUUGGAGACUCUAUGGACUCUCUAGCACUCUCAAACAUUACAGGAGCUUCAGUUGAUGGAGAUGGCAAAAACAGACAGAUCAUCUACUCAUUCCAAAACCUGAAAGAGCAGGAAAGAGAGGAGGAAGACUGUGACAACAUAAGUAACAUGGGCACACUAAACUCCUCAAUGCUCCACAGGAGUGCUAAUUCCCUGAAGAGUCUAAACUCAGAGCUGGACCAUGAAGGGGCACUGGAGGUGGAGGGAGAAGAUGAGAAGGAAGAGGACAGAAUUCCAACUUAUUUUGGAGAGGAACUACCCUCUCUGCUCCAUCUUCCUCUGCUGAGAAGGACCAAGUCUCAAUCGCAGCCCCAAUCUAGACCUCAACAAGUGAAGUUCUCUGAUGAUGUUGUGGAUAAGGGAUACUAUGGUGAAAUGGGAUUGAGGCAACCACCAAUGAGUGAGAGAACUCGCAGACGGACCCAUUACAGAGAGGAGCCACCAAGAUGUCCUACCACCAGACAUCAUCACAAAGGCAGACAAAGUCGGAAAACACGUUCAGAAAAUGCAUUGCAUCUUCCUUCUAAGGAGAGGGCAAAGUUGAAUGUUGGAAUGCCAAAAGAAAUUGGUUUGAGCACACCUGAACACAGGAACGGUAUUCUUUUGAAUCCUUCUGCUCACAGCUAUCACCAAACUUAUUCAGACUAUGCUCAGCAGGGUAUGGUCCGAGUGGACCACGUCCAAGUCUUUUGUGGCGAUGAUGAAGAUGACUGGUGUUCAACAUGCUCCUCUUCAUCUUCAGAGUCUGAGGAAGAGGGGUUCUUCCUUGGCCAGCCAAUCCCCAAGCCCCGAUCCCAAAGCUUACAUUAUUGCACAGAGGACUAUCCGACCCGGGUCACAGCUUUAACGCCCCCUUACGGCUCACGGACCAAACCUAAAAGGAAAGGCCACAAGGGCAAGAACUGCAUAAUUUCUUAGAUGUUAGACUAAAGAUAUCCAGCCUGCCUCUGUUGCAGUUGGAACAUAAACAUGCCCGACUGUAAAGAAGCUGGAAAACUCUUUUUUUUUUUUUUUUAUAUUGAGAUUUAAUUUUGUGUCUUUACAAGAAUGAUGUGCCAGUUGUGUUGGUGUUGAACAAAUGAAAGUAACUUGCAAUAUUUUCUUGAACAUAGUAUAGCAAAAGUAAUAUUCUCAAAAGCAAAAUUACUGAGUAGCAUGUGGACUAACUAAAUAAUUAUUUAAUAGUGCAAGCAUUGUAUAUUUGUUAAAUUAAGAUUGGAAUACUGAUAUUUUUUUAUAUUCAAAUGUUUUCAAUGAUUAAUUACCACAAUUUCUUGCCUCAAAAGGAAUUAUGAUUACUAAUGAUCAAAAUUGACCAGGGUUUUGCAAAUGCAACAUAUAUAUGCACUAUCCAUAUGUUUAAUGGUCUUGCUGUAUAAACAUGUGGGUGUCCAUGAUAUGCUUAUUCGCUUAAACAGUGUUGGGGGAGAUCUGACCUCUAUCAUGUACAUUUCCUACAGGUAAACAUACUAUCCCUUUUUAACAUUAAGAUGUCAAUAAAACAAUUU